AACCCGACCGUUACCAGUGGCGCAUACCCGUGAACCUUGUAUACGGAGCGCAAUGACCUGAAGACACUGCUUCUGAGCUUCUUCCAAUACUCCCGUCACGCGAUAUCCGAUUUUUUUCUAGAGGCGGCGCAAAAUGGUCAAAUCCUACAGCAAAUAUGAGCAGACCGAUGCCUUUGGCGUGGUCGCGACUGCCACUUCCAACAUCAUUUGGACCCCAGAAGGCCUCACCCAGCCCGGUUCGAGUCGAUCCGCAGGCGCCGGACGCGCAUACGCCGCCGCCAACGAAGAAGUGCUAUGUUGGGAUGUAAAGAAGGGUGAACUCAUGAGCAGAUGGCGCGACAAUACCUGUACCGAGGAAGUAACCGUCAUUUGCCGGAGCGAAGUCGAUCCAGAUGUCUUUGCCGUGGGUUACGCCGACGGAAGCAUACGCAUUUGGGAUGCGCGAACGUCGACCGUCAUCAUCAGUUUCAAUGGACACAAAUCUGCAGUUACCGUCUUGACUUUUGACCAAAGUGGGGUACGCCUGGCGAGUGGUUCCAAGGAUACGGAUAUUGUGGUUUGGGACCUGGUGUCGGAAACCGGCUUGUUCAAGCUGAGAGGGCACAAGGGCCAAAUUACUGGUCUACAGUUCCUCCACCCCAGCAGUGCUUCGCAAGAAGAUGGCGCAGAUGACGAAGAGAUGGACACGGACGCAGACCAAGCCUUCUUACUAUCUACCAGCAAGGACGCUUUGAUCAAGAUUUGGGAUGUUACCACUCAACACUGCAUCGAGACCCAUAUUGCACAAACCAACGGAGAAUGCUGGGCACUCGGCGUUUCGCCCGAUGGCAGCGGUUGCAUAACGGCAGGCAACGACGGCGAGCUCAAAGUGUGGGCUAUUGACCUGCCGGGCCUUCGAAGAGCAGGCUCAACUAUUGGCGAAGGAACAGAACAAGAAUUUCUCACACCCAGAGGCAUACUAUACCGGACAGGCAAGGAUAGGACACAAGGCAUCUCUUUCUACGCCAAGGCUGAUUACAUUGCCGUACAUGGCGCAGAGAAGGCUGUUGAGAUAUGGCGGAUUAAGACACCAGAAGAAGUCCGGAAAAGCUUAAUCAGGAAGAGGAAGAGAAGGCGGGAGAAGGCCAAGACUGAGACGAACGGGGACGACGACGCUGAUGCUGACGACAAGGUCAACGCCGCCGAUGCUGAGAUAGGCGAGGUCUUCGUACCUUACGUUACCGUACGGACAGCUGGAAAAGUAAGAUCGGUCGCAUGGAUGCACAUCAAAGGAACGAAGAAGCUGCAGCUACUGAUCGGUACCAACAACAACCUUAUUGACGUUUACGAGAUACCCCAACGAAGCAAGACAAAGAGCGAGGAAGCACCCGAGUACAGCCGCACACUAUCCGUCGAACUCUCUGGUCACAGAAACGAUGUACGGGCGCUCGCACUCAGCUCCGAUGAUCGCAUGCUGGCAUCCGCGUCGAGUGGUGGACUCAAGAUCUGGAACGUCAAGACGCAAAAUUGCUUGCGUACCCUUGAAUGUGGCUAUGCACUUUGCUGCGCUUUCUUGCCUGGUGACAAGAUUGUUGUUGUCGGAACGAAAGACGGAGACAUUGAGCUGUACGACAUAGCGGCAUCCACGUUACUAGACAAAAUCGACGCACACGAAGGAGCCGUUUGGACUAUGCAGGUACACCCUGACGGAAAAUCUCUCAUCACUGGCAGCGCCGACAAGUCCAUCAAGUUCUGGAACUUCGAGAUCGUCCAAGAAGAGAUUCCAGGAACGAAACGCACGACACCUCGCCUCAAGCUCGUCGAGUCGCGCAUACUGAAGGUCAACGAUGAUGUUCUGAGCGUGCAAGUUUCGCCCGACUCUAAACUCCUCGCCGUAGCAACGCUCGACAACACUGUCAAGGUCUUUUUCGUCGACUCGCUGAAGCUCUUCCUCAACCUCUAUGGCCACAAGCUGCCUGUGCUCAACAUGUCGAUCUCCAGCGACAGCAAACUCAUCGCGACCUGUUCCGCGGACAAGAACGUCCGUAUCUGGGGUCUCGACUUUGGCGAUUGUCACAAAGCGCUCUUUGGUCACGAAGACAGUAUCAUGCAAAUAUCCUUCAUCCCCCACCCUGUCGAUAACGACGAACGCCACAUCUUCUUCAGUGCCUCCAAGGACCGCACAAUCAAGAGCUGGGACGGCGACAAGUUCCAACAAAUCCAGAAGUUCAAGGGUCAUCACGGUGAAAUCUGGGCCAUGACUGUCGCUCGAACAGGCGAUUUCAUCGUCACAGCGAGCCACGACAAGAGCAUACGCAUCUGGACCCGGUCUGAAGAGCCCAUCUUCCUCGAAGAAGAACGCGAACGGGAGCUAGAAGAAAUGUACGAAAAGACACUAGCCACCAACCUCGAAGACGAUGAGGACAUGACUGGCGAACGCGCCGAGGCAGUCGACGCCAGCAAACAAACGAUCACCACCCUCACAGCCGGAGAACGAAUCCAAGAAGCCCUCGACCUGGGCAUCGCCGACCUAGACGUUGUCCGAGACUGGGAAACCCAACGCAAAACCAAUCCCAAAAUCGCCCCGCCACAGCGUAACCCCCUGUUUCUUGCUCUAGGCAAUAUAUCCGCUGAACGACACGUCCUCAACACCAUGUCCAAAAUUCCUGCUGCUCAGCUGCACGACGCGUUGCUCGUUCUACCCUUCUCAUCUCUACCCGCUCUCUUCACUUUCCUGGCUAUUUGGGUGCGCAAACAGUGGAACGUAACACUGACUUGCCGCGUCCUCUUCUUCAUGCUCAAAACGCACCAGAAGCAAAUUGUUGCCAGCAGAGAACUCAAGACGGUGCUUGAGCUUAUGCGAAGUGACCUCAGGAAGACGCUGGUGGGUAACAAGGAUUUGAUUGGGUUCAAUGUUGCGGCGUUGAGAUUUGUGGGGGAGAGGGUGGAUGAGGCGAAGUUGGUUAGGUGGGAGGAUGUUGAUAAGCUGGACGAGGAGAAGAACAGGAAGAAGAGAGGGUUUGUGGAUGUUGCGUAGGUCGGUGGAUGAGGUUGCAUUUCGAGGCGUUUUCUCUCUCUCUUAAACAUUUGGGUGUCAAAAGUAGUUAUUCGGUGUAAAGAUCUACGUUGCGAAUGCUCAUUCAUCGUAUUUGAAAGGGUUUACACUUUGUUGAGAAUGACUGAAUCAGACGUAAUGCUUCGUGCCGACCGGCCGUGGUUCACUUUCGUAGUGAACAUGUCUAAUCCCACAGGUGAUUGUACAAGUCUUUACAGACGUGCUGCCCAGUGUCCACAUACACACA